CUUGCUUGGUUCCCUCCCGAAAGGAGACAGCCACUGCCGAUAACCCGACACACCUCUACCCUCCCGUUCGGAGCACUCCCUGGCCUUGCGUCUGUGCUCUUGGCACCCCUACCCAAGUCCGUUGGUCCUUGGUCUGAGCCAGCUGCGGUUCGCUUGUCUAGUGCUCUUAACCUUCGAUCUCACGCCAACCUCCACUCAUCUUCCUCCGUUCAACGUUCCGCCCAUCCAAAGCACCCCUCUCAAAACUCGUGCUCCACCGGUCACAGUCUGCCCAAAACGGACCUCACACCUUACCUUCCAACCCUCUCCCGCCAUCCGCAAUUAAAGUCUAGUCCUCCAUAUUCACGAUAGGACUCCUUCCCCGAUCUUCUUCACGUUGUCCGCCUUCCAAGACACACCGUGAUGUCACAGAAUCGGUCUGGGGUGUUUUCCAACUUGCGCAUGGGUGAAGUCGUCCGCGAGAAAGUCCAAGAUGGACUAACAGGGGAAACGAAAGAAAUACAAUAUUCGCAAUGUAAAAUUGUCGGUAAUGGGUCGUUCGGAGUUGUCUUCCAGACAAAAAUGAUGCCCAGCGGCGAGGAUGCUGCCAUCAAGCGGGUUCUCCAGGACAAGCGUUUCAAGAAUCGUGAAUUGCAAAUCAUGAGGAUUGUGCGCCAUCCUAACAUUGUCGAGCUGAAGGCUUUCUACUAUUCGAAUGGCGAAAGGAAGGACGAAGUGUACCUGAAUCUUGUCUUAGAAUAUGUACCGGAAACUGUUUAUCGGGCGUCUCGCUACUUCAACAAGUUGAAGACAACCAUGCCGAUGUUGGAAGUCAAGCUUUACAUCUACCAGCUAUUCCGUUCGCUGGCAUAUAUCCAUUCACAAGGAAUCUGUCACCGCGACAUCAAGCCCCAGAACCUUCUUCUCGACCCCGCUACUGGUAUCCUGAAACUUUGCGAUUUCGGAUCCGCCAAGAUUUUGGUCGAGAAUGAGCCUAACGUAUCAUACAUUUGCUCGCGUUACUACCGAGCCCCAGAAUUGAUAUUUGGUGCUACGAAUUACACAACCAAGAUCGACGUAUGGUCUACUGGCUGUGUGAUGGCCGAGCUGAUGCUCGGGCAACCUCUCUUCCCUGGAGAGUCUGGAAUUGAUCAACUGGUCGAAAUUAUCAAGGUUCUCGGUACUCCUACACGGGAGCAAAUCCGUACAAUGAAUCCCAACUACAUGGAGCAUAAAUUUCCUCAAAUCAAGCCACAUCCCUUCAACAAGGUCUUCCGAAAAGCGCCACAUGAGGCUAUCGAUUUGAUUUCCGCGCUGCUAGAAUAUACGCCAACGCAGCGUCUUUCCGCAAUCGAAGCAAUGUGCCAUCCCUUUUUCGAUGAACUCCGGGAUCCGAACACCAAACUACCCGACUCGCGACACCCCAACGGUGCAGCUAGGGAUCUACCAAACCUUUUCGACUUCUCUCGACAUGAACUCUCAAUCGCACCUUCAAUGAACAGUCGGCUUGUCCCACCGCAUUCACGGCCUGCGCUCGAAGCUCGCGGACUAUAUAUCGACGACUUUAAGCCUCUGAAGAAAGAAGAAAUGAUGGCACACCUUGACUGAGUCAACGUCAUAGUGCUGAUGAAUUACACGCCCUUCAUAGUGCAUCAGCUCAUGCACAUAUUCGCGAAGAUUUGAUGCCAUGCCGUGCACCUUCAUUUCCAUGCAUCUGGUGGUUUUUGAACUAGCAGAGGUUUAUUUACAUCUGUAGACCUAAUCCAUUGGUGAGGCAUCCGGGAGCUGGCUUCUCUGUAUCGGGUUCGAGGAAAGACAAAAAACGCAUUCUGAAAAAGAGAAAAAAAAACUUUGAGCUGAGGCAUGAUGAACCUUUUGACGACGGAAAAGUUCUUAUAUGGCAUAAGUGAACGGCCACAGGUUCACAUGAAUGGGGCGGGAGGAUUGGUGCGAUGUCAUAGUCUGGAGUUAUUGAGGUGUCUGAGACAGCUCUUGGGAGGAAAAAGUGAUACCCUUUCUGCGUGAGUGUGUCUGCCUUUCGAGAUGUAAGUUCCGCAGCUUCACUUCUCGAUGGAAGGGCGUGGAUACAGAUUGCCGCAACUUUUAUGGAAAGACGGGGAGAGAGAUGAA